CACGCCACUCACAAAUUCAAAAUCAAAUUUCGAAAUCUGCUUCCCUCCUCCUCUCCCUACUACGCGGAGAUUCACAGAGAAGAUCCCUAAUUCUCCAUCUCAUCUGGCAGCAGCAAAGAAAUUUGCGCCAUGACAGCGGUUCCUUCUCCGGCUACUGGCCGGGAGCUUUCAAAUCCUCCCUCCGACGGCAUUUCUAAUCUCCGAUUCUCCAACCACAGUGAUCACCUGCUUGUUUCUUCUUGGGACAAGACUGUGCGCUUGUACGACGCUAGUGACAACGUGCUCCGAGGUGAGUUCGUACACGGUGGUCCUGUGCUCGACUGUUGUUUCCACGAUGAUUCUUCGGGAUUCAGUGUGAGUGUUGACAACACCGUCAGGAGGCUCGUUUUUAACCAUAAUAAGGAGGAUAUCUUGGGGAAGCAUGACGCACCUGUGCGAUGCGUCGAGUAUUCUUACGCGGCAGGGCAAUUAAUUACUGGCAGUUGGGAUAAAACACUGAAGUGUUGGGAUCCUAGAGGCGCAAGUGGGCAGGAACAUACUCUCGUGGGAACAUAUCCUCAGCCUGAACGUGUUUACUCACUUUCUCUAGUGGGAAAUCGUUUAGUUGUAGCAACUGCUGGAAGGCAUGUUAACGUCUAUGACUUGAGAAAUAUGUCUCAACCUGAGCAAAGGAGGGAAUCCUCAUUGAAAUAUCAGACUCGAAGCGUGCGAUGUUAUCCUAAUGGAACAGGAUACGCUCUUAGUUCAGUUGAAGGGCGAGUUGCCAUGGAAUUUUUUGAUCCCUCGGAUGCCAGUCAAGCCAAAAAAUACGCAUUCAAAUGUCACAGAAAACUGGAGGCUGGAAGGGACAUAGUCUAUCCGGUCAAUGCAAUUGCAUUCCAUCCCAUCUAUGGUACUUUUGCAACUGGAGGCUGUGAUGGAUUCGUGAAUGUUUGGGAUGGGAACAACAAGAAGAGGCUAUAUCAGUAUUCAAAAUACCCAACAAGUAUUGCAGCACUAUCAUUUAGUAGAGAUGGGCGCCUAUUAGCCGUAGCAUCAAGUUACACAUUCGAAGAGGGAGAUAAACCCCAUGAGCCAGAUGCCAUAUAUGUCCGCAGUGUAAAUGAAAUAGAAGUUAAGCCAAAGCCUAAAGUAUACCCAAAUCCUCCCACAUGAUUAACAUCACAGACAUCUCACCCUGUGGUCCAUGCUUGUCGUUCUGUAGCCCUCCAUUGUUUUUCUUGCUAGAGUUACUUGAUGGUGUUAGAGCCAAGGUCCCGAGUGACUCCCAGAGUCCACCAGGCAGGCUUUUUUUUUUUUUUUUUUUUUUUUUUUUNCUAUCCAAACUUCUGUUUGUUCUUGGUGAGGUGAGAGAGACGGAGCCUUAGAUUUUGGGAUGGACCCAUCAGUAGUAUGCUAAACGUGUACAGAUUCUGUGUUUCUAUAAACUUAUUUCCUCUAUUGUUUUUAAGGAUAUGGAUAACACUUGGAUUUUUCAUCUA